GCGUUGGAAUCGGCGACGCGCGCCGAGCUGGACGCCGAUGAGGCCCGCUACCUGCGGGCCAUGCAGCGCUUGAUCAUUGCGUCCGAGUCGCCUUACCCACGCCGCGCGGCGGACAUCGGCGCCGCGAUGACGGAGAUCAACUCGACGCCCACGCUUUUCGCCGCCACGCUGUUCGCGAAGGAUUUGCCGGCCGCAAUCGAAACCGCGGCGCUCGACCGAGCGACCGUCGAGGCGUGGACGCUCGCGCUAGCCGCCGCCGCCGAGCUCAUCCCCCCGCCGUUUGGAGAGAGCCCGCUCACGGGCAAGCCGUUCGAUGUCGACCAGGGCGCCGAGCGCAUCACGGUGUACGACGGCAAAGAAGCGCUCGUGAGUCUGCCGCUCUUAUUGCAGUAG